CUUUACAUUAGCAAUUAAACUAAUCAAUUAACCCCAAUGGCCUCCGACGUCGUCCAACCCCAAUCUCCGUUGCCGGCCGAUGGCUUCCAGUCACCUAGACGUCUUCUGGCACGACGGAAUGCUCCGACACGACGCCGUAUUAGGCGUCUUCGACUCCGGAUACGACCCUGGGUUCAUCGACGUAUUGGAGAAGCACCCGGAGAAUGCCGAUCGCGUCAGGAACAUGCUUUCGAUUCUCCGACGCGGUCCCAUCGCUCCUCAUAUCAAUUGGUUUACCGGCCGUCCAGCAAUAAUAUCUGAGCUUCUGAUGUUUCACACUUCAGAGUACAUCGAGAAGCUAGUGGAGGCAGAUAAAUCAGGAGAAAUGUGUGAACUUGCUCCAGGUACUUUCAUGAGCCCAGGCUCGUGGGAAGCUUCCCUUCUUGCAGCUGGAACUACUCUAUCAGCUAUGCAACAUAUUCUUGAUUCUCAUGGGAAGAUGGCUUAUGCUCUGGUACGCCCACCAGGCCACCACGCACAGCCUACUCAAGCCGAUGGGUAUUGCUUCCUCAACAAUGCGGCUCUUGCUGUCAAGCUGGCGUUAGAUUCGGGUUCUUGUUCCCGAGUUGCGGUUAUUGACAUCGAUGUGCACUAUGGAAAUGGCACAGCUGAAGGGUUUUAUACAUCUGAUAAGGUUCUUCCGGUGUCACUUCAUAUGAACCAUGGGUCAUGGGGAUCGUCUCACCCGCAGAAAGGAUCUGCUNCUUUUUUUUUUUUUUUUUUUUUGGUUGAGAAUCUCUAUCAGUUCACCACCAUGGUUAGUGAAAAUUGUGCUUUGGGGGGGAUUUUAUAG